AUGUUAGACUUAUUUUUCCCAGUCCCUUCCAGCUACCUACAGAGUAAUAAUGAGCAACUUGUUACUGGAAGAUAUAAUGAAGAUGUAAUUCUUCCUUGCCAAUUUACAAGUGGGGAUGAAGUUGUAAUUCACUGGAAAAACCAGAAUCAUGAUGUUCACAGUUACUAUGGUGGCAUGGACCGUUUGAAAUCACAGUAUCUUAGAUAUGCAAACAGGACAUCCCUCUUUCAUGGUGAAAUUCACAAUGGGAAUGCCUCUCUAACUAUCAGAAGAUUGAGCCUUCUGGAUGAAGGAAUUUAUUCCUGCUAUGUGGGAACAAAACUUGGACGGACUCUCCAAAGAGUGGUGCUCAAAGUGGGAGCAUUCCACUCCCCUUUAAUGAAAUAUGAACAAAUGAACAUGGAGAGCUUUCUGGAAUGCAGUAUCCAGAGUGUUUAUCCUCAUCCACAUAUCACAUGGAAAAUGGACAAUACAGAUGUCUCUGAGGAAAGCAAUUCAAAAAUAACUGGGAUUCCGGGUCCUUUUCAUAUUAAAAGUAUGCUGAAUAUUACAGGAUCAAAUUCAUCUUUUGAGUGCACUAUUGAAAAUUCACUUCUCAGUCAAACAUGGAGAGGAAAGUGGACAUUUUCAGGUAGUCAUUGGAUGAAUCAAAGUGAGUCCAUUUUACUCUGGUGUACAGUCAGCAGCAAUUUUUCUCUACAAAAUCAAAACUUUAAUGUUACUUGGUCCAGGAUACAAAAUGGAAUAUAUUCUGUCUUGGAUUGGCAUCUGGACUCUUCACAGUACACCGCUACUAAUGACUCUGGAUUCUCAUGGAACAAAGCCCUGAGAGAUCACAGUGACUUCCCCAUAACAUUGAAACACCUUCAUGCUUCAGACAGUGGGGAAUACUUGUGUAAUAUUUCUUCAACUGAGUAUACAUUACUCACAGUGCACAGGCUGAUUGUAGGGCUUGCUGUAGUAGUUUGGGCCCCAGGCUACACAAUUAAGAGGGACAGACCAUUGAAGUCUGUUAAACCAGAAGCAAGCUUUAUUCCAGAAAAAGAAGAAAAAAUCACCACAGGGCACAAAAAAGCUUACCAGUUAACUGGGAUCAUAGUCAGAGAUCGGGCAUCUGAAACUGUGAUCAUGGGGGCUGGUUUGGGGCCUCUUCAGGAUUGUCAACAGCAGCACUGUGCUCCCAAAAGCACUUCCUCACUCCAUCCUGACACCAAGAAAGCCCUGAGCUUUCUGGGAGUUCAGAUAAAUCUCAUGUCCUAUGCAUAUGUUUCUUGCAAUGUCUUCCUGGGCUUUGGUGCCUUCCUCACAGGCGUGCCUGAGCAUGAGAACCUCAGUGCUGAGGACCUGGGCCUCCUUCUGAGAGGCCUGCAGCAGCGCCUGGGCCUCCUCCUACUUCUGCUUCCAGGCAGCCAGGGCCUCUUCAGAGUGUUGCAGCUUCUGCUCCAGGGCCGCUACCACAGAGCAGGCCUUGCCCAGGUCAGAAAGGGCAUCCCCCAGCUCCACCUGGAGCCUGUGCCUGGCCCUCUCCAGGGAGGCGUUCCUGGCUUUGGCCACCUCCAUUGCUUCUGCACCCUCCUGCAGUCUAAUCGCCAGCUUCUUCCUGAGGAGAGAAGCCGCACUCACAGAGGGCACCAAGCCUUUGCUUAG